CGUAAUCCAACAGUUGCUGCAUUUCUAGUUUGCUCUGGUCGUUUCAACAGUUUCUGCCCUGCUGAGAAUCGAACCAUCAAGAACCAACGCAAACCACACAAGACCACACCGGACCUCACCGCACCGCACCGCACCGCACCACACCGCACCUCACAAAUGAACGGAGUCGGUGGCUACUGUGCCAACGACGGCGACGAAAGCACGACGUCCUCGGAAGCCAACGACGAUGAUUUCGGAACGGACCCGCGGAGCGGACCGAUGGGGGGAAAGACGAUGGUGGUCGGGGGAAAGACCGUGGCGGCCGGGGGCAAGACAAUGAAGGGCAUCACGGGGGACUGCGAGGACGAGAACGAGGACGAGAACGACAGCGACAGCGUGGAUACAGGAGCGGAUCAGACCUCGAUCGAUGCGGAAGGAGAGGACGGCGAUAUGGAGGUCGAAGAGGAGGAGGAGGAAGAGGAAGAGGGGCACGUCGACGACGAAGAAACAGAGGACGAGGAGGAAGACGGCGUCUUUCAGCAACAGCAACAGCAACAGCAGGAGGAGGAGCAGUGGCAAACGAGAAAGAAGGAUUCUCCGCCGCUUCCCACACGGGGGAAGGGCCCGGUUUCCGGAAAGACCCCGUCCCAUUCGCACCUUCACGCGAAUGUUAAUGCGAAUGCCCCCCGGCCGGACCAUCCGCAACAACGGUUGCCGAGCACGGGAACCGACCAGUCCCAGCUCGAGGCCUGGAAGGAGGUCCACGCGGCCCUCACGCGGGCGGUCCUGGUCGCCAGGGAGGCCAUUGCUGCCAAGAAACUCCAGAGGAGGUUCUGGCUCGAGACCAUCUGCGCCAACCUCAAGCACCCCGACGAGGCGGUGGUGGCGGUUGCGGCUGCCUCCUCCGCARGCACCGAAAGCRGUGGGACCGGCGUCUUUGACCCCACCGAUCCCCCCACCGAGCUACCCCUCCUGAAGACCCACUCGGUGUGGAUCAAGCCCGACCAGAGGAAGAAGAAGCGGGGGUCCCAAAAGAACAAAUCGUCGUCGUUGUUGUYGUCGUCGUCUCCGGUCCCGGGGGACGGAAACGACACCGGGCCGACGGGCGGUGCUUCGCCGUCCCUCCACACCGAGGGACGGGCAGCAAAGAGACAAAAGACGUCGACCAGGCGGGCGGUCCUGGCCUCCGACGGCAGCAAGCCCCUGCUCUCCCUGCUCAAGGGMAACAAGGCCUCCCUCCGGGGCAAGGCCCGGGCGAAAAAGGCCCCCCCGGCCAAGGGAGCGGCCCUCGUCAAGAAGCGCAAGCGGGCCCUGCUGCCCACCAAGGCCAAGAAAGCGGCGGAAGCCAGCGCCAGCGCCGAGUUGUCCGCGGGGAACAGCGAGACAAACCCACCGGCCGGAAAACACAAACCGAAACCCAAGAUCCGUCUCAGCAUGAAGAGCCCAUCGGGGAGCAGGGCCUCCGUGCCGACCCUGUCGGUCUUUCAGGACGACAGCGAAGAAGAGGACGACCACGAAACCGAAGACAAACGARAGGGGCACGAAUCGCUCCGCCACCGCGACGCAGACGAAAAGGGAUCGUCCUACUAUUCCUUUUCCCUGAAAACGGACAGCGACGACGACAACGACGACGAAAGCAUCCAUCACAACAACAGCGACGACAGCGACGGCGACAACGCCAAGCAGGGCAAUGCGGCGGAGACGGAAACCGAGGAUAGCAGCGCCGGUGAAAACGAGAAGAACGACGAGAAGAACGGAAGCAGCAACAACAGCGGCGCAGACGACGACGACGACGACAACGAUCGGUCGUUGCAGGCCCGGGGCAGCAACGAGGGUUGGAACUCCGCACCGGCCGGAGAGAACGCCACCGGUACCCUUCCAUCGGAAUCCCCCGCCGAAGGCAGCGCUGCCACCGGAGGCGCCUGCCCGGCCACCGUUCGGAGGGAAGAAGCCGAUCCCCCCGGCCGCAGCGACGGUGGCAGCGACAGCGACGGGGGGGCCGGGCUGUCCGCGGACGCCGCCCGGGGGUACGGGGUCUUCGGGGCGGGCGACUCGUCCGACGACGAAGACGACAUUCCCUUUUGACGUGGCGUGGCGUGGCGUGGCGUGACGUGACGGGGCAAGGUGCGUGGGCACGCACGCAUUCAUCCGUGCGGCACGGAGUCUCGAAACAACACGAGACCUCGCCGCUGCGCCGCCAUCCAUUGGUUCGACACCCGGCACGAUUUGAUUGCGAAGCCAAAGAAAACCUGCGUGYRUCUAGAUCAAAAGGGAGCUGCGAUAGUUUUUUACUACUAUUGUUGUUCUUUCUAGUAGCGUCGCCCCGACGCUUGGGGAAAAAUCAGGUCCGUUCCCAUCGAAUGAGAUUCUCCGUGGCUUGUGCGUGCCGACCUAAGCUAACCAAUACUGUAUCACCAGAGGGUUCCGUUUCUCGAUCGUCCCUCGGUCGACCGCCCGUGCCGGCCCCGCGCGAUCGGUGGUUCCCGCGUUCCGGAACGAAAGCCGUGGGUUCGGCGAGCGGCGUUCCGUUCGGAUCCAUCGAUUCGCAGCGGAUCCAUCGAUCCAUCCACGCAGUUUGCGCUGCGUUUGCGCCAUCUCGGUCAAAGCACCCGGCCUUUUCCACCGCACGCUUUGGUCCAAUCUUUCGAAUCAUCCAUCUAUCCCUCUAUUCCGACGUGAUCGGUGCUUCAAAGAAUUGCCAUCCAAUGGUUUCCAAUCCAGUCCAGCAAAAUCCUAUCCAAUCCGAUUCAUUCCAUCGGUCCAACCAGCACACCGCGAUUGCAGACUGUUGUAUCCUCACCACGUGUACAGAGCAUCGGGGACGGAGGCCCCGGCCAUUCGGAUCGACGCGGCCCCCCGGACCGCUCGAAAGCCGUCCUCCUCGUUUUCGCUUAACCCGCUUGGCACGAGGAUUUUUCUCGAGAUCCCGCUCCCUUCAAAGAGCGGAGGAUCCCCGCGUGCACCGUCGUCGAGACAGAUCUUAGCCGUGACGUACAGGUCGUUCGAUGCGUCCAAGACGGACCGCUCCCAGGACCGAUCCGCCAUCAAGAAAUUAUUCGAGGACUCGGAGAGGACGAAACUGAUUGGGAAGGAUUCGAUCUGCGCCAACGGAAUCCUGGCCCCCAUGAGCGGAAUCGAGGAGGAAGGAUUUUCGGAAGUGCGGACGGUAACGAUCAGGGAGGACGACGCGGGGUUCUGCUGGUUUCUGCUCUUUCCGUUGUCCAUGGAAGAACCCAUGCGAUUGUUCGACGGCAGGUAGAUCAGUCCACGGACAGAAUAUUCUUCCUCGUCGCGGUUGUAUUCUUUUCCUCCAUCCUGAGAGGCAGGGCAGUACGAAGAAAGAGAUCCCGAUGUUUUCGACGUGUUCCCUCUUGCAUUCGACAGUAGAGCCGCGGGUGGAGAUGACGCGGGAGGUUGCCGCACCACGUUUUGAAUCCCAAGCGUCUGCGACUCGAAGUAUUUGGGGCAAUUAUAGCUGCUCUCAUCCCGGGCAGCGGGCACUGCGGCAUGGCUUGCGGGAACCGGCAACAGGAGCAAGAAUGCAAGUGCAGCGAUUGCAAUGGAACGAUUUGUGUGGUUCGGAAUCUCUGGUACGAAGAACUCCUUUUUGUCUCCACUGAUGAACUCGCGCGGAAACUCCAUAGUCGGGGUCCGGUCUGCCUUCUUCGACUCGAUCGUUCUUCCGUUGGUUGCUCGAGGUUGCACCCAUGCCGCCUUACGCGACAACCAGGACCAUCCAUGAACGCACCCGCAAACAGAGAAUAGAAUCGCAAGUGAGAUCAGAACUCGCGCUUGUUUUCUACAAUAAUGAUUGAGUCUGGUCAUUGGUGGCAGUUCAAUGCAUUCCUUCGUUUCUUCGCGAAGUACGAGUAGGGUACUUUGUAUUUUGGUACUUGUUUCAUGAUGUCAGAAUCAUUUCGACGAUCUUGACCCCUUCAAUAGGAUUGACGGACAGAACGACUUCUGUCGGUCGCACAUGUAGCGCACGGUAGGCAGGAAUAGAAGACCUCUUUUUUC